UUCUGAUGAAAAUAUUGUGAAAAAUUGUGUUUAGUGUGAAAAAAUGUGCUAAGACUAUAUUAAAUAAUGAAUUUACAUAAAUAAUUCAAGUGUAUGGUGACACACACUACAAAAUACAUUAAAUACAGUGUUUCUGCUUCGAUUUUUAACAUCAGAGGACAAAGUAACUUCAGCUGCAUGGCAACAUAUUUUGCGUUGAAAUAAGUGCAAGCAAAUAUUUGGCACAAAUGUCAUAUUAGGCAAGCAGCAAAAUUGCAUUUUCGAACAUUUCCACCUGCACCUGGUUUCCGUGGACGUGCUUUGGAUCCGUGGAUAACAGAGACGCAAAGAUAGACGCCGUGUGGGGUUGGGCAUCCGCCCCGCUGCGCUUAGCGGCGAAUAGAAUGGGCGAUCCUCUACUGCCAGGCUCCACCGGGCUAGCAAGUGGCGCAAUUGGCACCACUGCUGGUUCCGGGACGUCAGUCACAGGAAUUGCCAGCAACGGCAACAGCGGCGCUGACCGACCACCAUCGCCAGCACGACUUACCCAUACAUCUGAAAAACAUCCAAAGGUAACACUUACUGAGCUUAACAUGUUGCGCCGGCACCGCGAACUUUGUGACGUAGUGCUUAAUGUAGGCGGACGCAAGAUUUUUGCCCAUCGCGUCAUACUUAGUGCAUGCAGCUCCUAUUUCUGUGCCAUGUUCACUGGCGAGCUAGAGGAGUCGCGCCAAACGGAGGUAACCAUACGCGACAUUGACGAGAACGCCAUGGAGCUACUGAUUGAUUUUUGCUACACCGCCCACAUUAUUGUGGAGGAGUCCAAUGUGCAGACAUUACUACCAGCCGCCUGCCUGUUGCAGCUGGUCGAGAUUCAGGACAUCUGCUGUGAGUUUCUCAAGCGUCAACUCGAUCCAACAAACUGUCUAGGCAUACGCGCCUUCGCCGAUACACACUCCUGCCGCGAGCUUUUGCGCAUUGCCGACAAGUUCACUCAGCACAACUUCCAAGAGGUCAUGGAGAGCGAGGAGUUUUUACUGCUGCCCGUUGGCCAACUGGUAGACAUUAUAUGCAGCGAUGAGCUUAAUGUACGCAGCGAGGAGCAGGUCUUCAAUGCAGUCAUGUCCUGGCUUAAAUACAAUGUUGCCGAACGGCGACAGCACUUGGCUCAGGUGCUACAACAUGUGCGCUUGCCACUGCUCUCGCCCAAGUUUUUGGUGGGCACUGUGGGCUCCGAUCUCCUGGUGCGCUCAGACGAGGCCUGUCGCGAUCUAGUCGAUGAGGCCAAGAACUAUUUGCUACUUCCACAAGAGCGUCCCUUGAUGCAAGGUCCACGCACCCGUCCACGAAAACCCACGCGACGCGGAGAAGUGCUCUUUGCCGUAGGUGGCUGGUGCUCUGGCGAUGCCAUUGCAUCUGUCGAGCGCUUUGAUCCGCAGACAAACGACUGGAAGAUGGUGGCCCCCAUGAGCAAGCGUCGCUGCGGCGUUGGCGUUGCCGUUUUGAAUGACCUACUUUACGCAGUUGGUGGCCAUGAUGGCCAAAGCUAUUUAAACAGCAUUGAGCGUUAUGAUCCGCAGACAAAUCAAUGGUCUUGCGAUGUGGCACCUACAACCUCAUGCCGCACCAGCGUCGGUGUGGCCGUGCUUGAUGGCUUCUUGUAUGCAGUAGGAGGUCAGGAUGGCGUGCAAUGUCUAAAUCAUGUAGAGCGCUAUGAUCCCAAGGAGAACAAAUGGUCCAAGGUGGCACCGAUGACCACUCGCCGUUUGGGCGUCGCAGUUGCCGUUCUCAACGGCCAUCUUUAUGCCAUUGGCGGGUCCGAUGGGCAAUGCCCACUUAACACCGUCGAACGCUACGAUCCAAGACAAAACAAAUGGGUUGCUGUUAAUCCCAUGUCCACGCGCCGCAAGCAUUUGGGCUGUGCCGUUUUUAAUAAUUUCAUUUAUGCCGUUGGUGGCCGCGACGACUGUAUGGAGCUGUCCUCCGCCGAGCGCUACAAUCCUAUCACCAACACUUGGAGCCCCAUUGUGGCAAUGACCUCACGGCGCAGCGGCGUUGGCCUGGCCGUAGUUAAUGGUCAGCUGUACGCCGUGGGUGGCUUUGAUGGCUCGGCUUAUUUGAAGACUAUUGAGGUGUACGAUCCGGAGACUAAUCAAUGGCGCCUCUGCGGCUGCAUGAACUAUCGCCGCUUGGGCGGUGGCGUUGGCGUUAUGCGUGCCCCGCAGACUGAGAAUUAUAUGUGGUGCGACAAAAAUUUUAGACAGACUAAUUCCUAAGUUAAUGCUUCGAAUAUAAUGGCAUUUUCCUCUGUAUUCAUCUUGUACACACCAUACACCACGAACACACAAUAUAUAGGAUACGCAAGGACUCGGUUGUCUGAUGGGGAGCGAAGCCGUCAGCGCUGCCAUCGCUAAGGUUGCCGCUGCCGCAUUUCUACUGAUUUAUCCGUUAGACCACUAGCAGAACUCAAGCAACAAAUCGAAGCCAAAUUUUUUCCAGCGGUUCAAAGUUGAAAAAUCAAUAUAAAACAAAUUUGUAUUAUUAAUUGUUAAUUGUUUUAUUUGGUAGCCCAUAGAAAAAAAUGUUCGUUGUGUCACGCGCUUUUAACAUAUAUGCAUAGAGUUAGUUAAUAUCCGAUAAAUAUACUUAUAUAUCUUUAACAAAUAUAUUUAUAUAAACAUAUGCAUAUGCUAAACAUGUACUGUAAUAUCUCAUAAGCGACUAACGAAAACACUAAAUAUUCGCUGUAAAAAAACUGUUAAAAUUUCAUGGAAAUUUCUGACAUGCCUUUUCUCAAAAAAAAAAGAAGAAGAAAAAAAACACUUAAUGUGAAAUUCUCGAAAAAGAUCAAAUACAAUUAAAAUAUUUAAACUAGAUGUGCUAAUUAAUUCAAUACAACUAGAAAAUAGUCAUUAGUGAAUAAGUGCUAAAACUUAAAGUGAAAUUUAUAAACCAUAAAUAUUGCUUAAAAUGAUUUAUUUAGACUAACCAGCAAUGCUGAAUCUCAUUACAAAGCUCGAAGAACAGCUUAUAAUACAGCUUCAAUGAAUCAAUAAAGAAAAUUAAAUUCAUAACUGUUAGGUCUAAGUAAAAUUUACAAAUAUUAUAUGUAAGAUCAAAUGUUGUGGAGUUAAAAGAUUUUUCCCUGCCUAUGAAACCCUCUCGAAAUUGAAAUUUCUGCAAGAACAUAACAUUUAGAAAGUUAAUAGGCGUUUGUGCAUUAUUCUAUUUAUUAUUUGUUGAUUUAUUAACGCAUCUAUAUAUUUAUACAUGUUUCAUUAU